AGAGAGCAGGUGAUCGGGCAGGCAGGAGUCGGUACACAGGAGAACAAUCAAAGCAGGCAGAAGUAACGAAGGAGUCAGGCUUACAAGGUUGGUCGGCGAACAGGCGAAGGUCGGUACACACAGGUUCGAUCAGGGAUACCGGAGCACACGAACAGGACAUGAAGAUCAGCGAACUGGCGCCGGCCAGUUGUCAUCGCGGUCAUAUAAAUCCACAGCAUAAUCAGGCUGCAUGAGGCGCAGGUGUGCACCUCCCAAUCAGCGCACCUGCGCGGGCACCAGCACAGCUCGUGCUGGAGCGGCAGGAUCAUGACAAGAGGUUAUCAGUGCUAAGUGAGAGCAAAAUCAGUUUGUGACAGGCCACAAAUAUUGUAGGGCAAAGUGGUGGUGUUUGUUUUUUUCUUCACUUAACAUCUUUCAUGGCCACAACAAGAAACUUAAGAUGGUUUUUGGCCUUCUGAGGAUUUGGAGGCAACGGAGGGAGGAAGGAGAACGCCUCCUCAACCUGAUGACCAAUCACAGGGUGUCAUCAUUGUGAUCACCAGCUAUAGUUAUACUUACUUCUUUCUCCACAUCGACUGCUCACAAACACUUCACCAGCAGGAAGGUGAACACUUGGACCAGGACCUCUCUGAUCUGUUUGAUUUUGAUGUGUCAUGUUUGUCCUAUGUGUUUGUCAUGAUGGAACAGAACGGAACUCUGAUGCUCAGUCUUGGUGGCUAUGUAGACUUGGACAAGUACAGAUAUGUUUAUUUGAUGUUUUUCAUGGCACUCUAUGUUCUCAUUCUCUGCUGUAAUUGCGUCAUAAUUUGUGUUAUUUGGAUUCACAGGACCCUUCAUGAGCCCAUGUACAUUUUCAUUGCCGCUUUGUCUCUCAACUCGCUUGUGUUCGGCACUGUUAUCUACCCCAAACUGAUUGUGGACGUCUUGUCUCAGCAGCAGAGAAUUUCUUAUUCCGGCUGUUUGGUCCAGAUAUUUCUUUUCUACAGUUUAGCUGGUUCUGACCUAAUGCUGUUGACAGCCAUGGCUUACGACAGGUAUGUGUGCAUCUGCAGGCCACUGCAAUAUGCAACCAUUAUGGGCACAACCACUGUCAGUGUAUUCUUGGCUUUGGCUUGGUUUUUUCCUGCCUGUCAGAUGUUGGUGAGUAGUAUCCUUCAGUCUAAGCUAAAUGUCUGUAAUUUUACUUUGGGUGGAUUUUAUUGUAAUAUUACGAUAAUGAAGAUUCAUUGUACGACGUCAAUCUCCCUCACUGCGUGGACGUUAUUUUGUUUAAUUAACAUUGGUCUCAUACCUGUGCUGUUCAUCCUCUUCACGUACAUAAAUAUAUUUAUAGUCAUCUAUCAUAGCCACGGAGAAGUCCGGAAAAAAGCGGUAGAUACAUGUUUGCCUCACCUGAUUGUUUUAAUCACUAACAACUGUUUGAUUUUUUUUGACAUUGUCAUCGGGAUGCUGGAGUCGGUCCUUCCGAAAACUGUGCGACUGAUUAUGAGUCUACAAAUAUUGGUGUUCAACCCUUUGUUCAAUCCGAUAAUAUAUGGCUUGAAGAUGAAAGAAAUCUGGAAACACAUCAGGAGAUUGUUGUUGUGUUGCAGUCCUGUCAAAAUCAUGAAAAAACAGGAAGAAUAA